AAUCGCUCACAUUGCAGCUGAUGUGCUACUUUUCGGCCUAAUUAUUACCGACAGCCAAUUUUGAUCUGCACGUGGUGCCGUAUCACACAUGGUGCAGCGAUGCUUUGAUCAAUGCCUCCUACGAGGCAUUGCUCUGAUGUACCCCCCAUUGGAGAUAUAUCAGAACAUCGCUGCUCCACUACCGCACGGACGUCGGUGCGGUCGUAUUUGCUAUUGCAGGUGGGGGUAAAGUUGCAAUAUGCCGAAUAGCAAUUUAUUUUAUCCUUAUAUCUUUGUAUGAGCGCAGCCUAUAGUCAUUUUUUCUGUACAAGUCACUGGUUCAGAAUUAUUUUUGCUAGCGCGGAUGGGAGAGCUGACACAGACAAGCGCUUGUCCGAGUCAUCGUCAGCUCUCUCUCUUCGUGCAUUCGUGUUUAUUCCCGCGCUGUUGAAAUUUCCUUCAAGACGCAAAUACGCCCUGUUUUUAGUUGCGAACAAGCUAUAAGCUGUGAAAUUAUAAUGUUGGGUUAAUUGUCUAUGCACUUGCUGGAAACGCAGCGUCAAGCUGCUGUUAAACAGAAAAUGAAGGAUGUGAGCAGCCAUUUUAAGAAGAAGCAGCGAGACCUCCUGUUUGGUGAUGCUGAGGGCGGAAAAAAGACCGAGAAAGAACUUCUCAAAGAAGAAGUGAAUAUGCUGAAGGCCGAAAAUUCAAAACUCUUGGACCGAAUAAGAAUGCUCGAAAAGGCCCUAUGCAGCAAAAUUUUCAAAACAGAAAAAAACCUCGUUCUGUGCGAGGGCUGCAGCCGCAAGCCAGAACAACAAGUUGCGCCUUUGCCAUCGCCAUGUGCUGCCACGCACCACCACCAUGCAGCCGCCGCGCACCGCUACCGUGCAGCCACUGCGCACCACCACAGCGACCCCGGGCAGCCCUGAAGUGGCCCACACAAGUGCGAGGGAGGCCGAUUACGUGACCACUGACGGAGAGGUGCAUCUGGGCAAAGGAAUCACCAUUCCUGAGGGCCUGUACAGCCGCCUCAUGAGCACAAAAAGCGAAACCCGCUUUGUUCGUGAGGCGGCCGUUGCCAUUUAUUCAACGGCAGGCUUGGUUGGGCGGAGUGUAAUUGGAACAGCCUCUAACCGGACAAAGGGAGAGGCAAAACCUCCCUUGGAUAAAGAAAAAUACGCUGUGCUUUCUGAUUUCUUCAACCAUUUUUUGAAAAGCAAUUUUCCAAUUGGAGAGGUCGAGCAAAAGAAGAAGAUACUAAAUAAGGCGCUCGCAAACAAAAUUAACGAUUUGAUGAAAUCAAAAGAUUAAGAAGUCAAUGGAACAUCAAAUAAAAG